GCCAUCGACACAGCAGCCUGUCUGAAGCCCAGCUGUGCUGGAGGGUUGUAUUUGUUGUGAUUUACUCUUCACUGGAGAAAGAUGGGUAAUAAAUACAGCUACCCGGUUUAUUUUGAAGGUGGCAGAGGCAGACUGUCCAAGGAGCAGAAGAAGACAAUUAGAUCUUAUUUCCAGAGCAAACCCAAAUCAGGUGGAGGAAAGUGUUCACCUGUGGAGGAAGUGUCAGAAAACAUCUACAGGACUGCUUUCAGACGUCGAGAAGAUCAACAGUCGGUGCUGCAGCAGACUCAGCAUGUCAUACAGCUUGGAAAAGACAGUCUGACAUUGUCUGUCAGGGAAAGUCCGGACCCUCAAACCUCUGGACACACCACCUCCUCCACCCCCUCCUCCACCUCCUCCUCCACCUCCACCAGUCCAGCCCAGGUCUUCAAGUCUUCUCAAGACGAGAUUGAUCAAAACCAGGUUCAAGAGUCAAAGCGGAUCGUCCUGCUGGGAAAAACUGGCUGUGGGAAAAGCAGCCUCGCUAACAUCAUACUUGGACAGGACUUGUUCACUGCACAUCAUUCUUCUGUUUCUGGAACUGCCACAUGUCAAUCUGAAACCAGAGAUGUCAGUGACAGAAAGAUCACUUUGGUCGACACGCCUGGUUUGUUUGAUACAGAAAAGACAGAGGAAGCUUUGAAGCCUGAGAUCAUGAAGUGCAUUACAGAGUGUGCUCCUGGAAUUCACGCCUUUCUCAUCGUUCUGAGAGUUGAGAGAUUCUCAGAGCAGGAGCAAGCUGUCAUCAGCAGAAUAUGUGAGUAUUUCUCUGAAGAUGCUCUCAAACACGCCGUGGUCGUCUUCACUUUCGGCGACCAGUUAAAUGAACGGAAGAAAAUCGAGGAGUUCAUCAGUGAGAAUCAAAAGCUGAGAGACCUGGUAAAGAGGUGCGGCAGCCGGUGCCAUGUCUUCGACAACAAAUACUGGAAAGACAACACGCUGCAGAACGACUACAAGAGCAACCACUUCCAGAGGGAAGAGUUACUGAAGACCAUCGACAAGCUAACGGUGGAAAGAAACGGCCAAUGCUACACCAACAACAUGCUGCAAGCUGUGGAGAGAGAAAUCCAGAGAGAGGAGCAGCAAAUCAGGCAAUCAUCUCCAGAAGACCUGCCACCAGAGGAGAUCAGAAACCAGGCCAGACGCCACGUGGCCAACAGAUUUCUGAUUGAACUGGCCGGGGUCACAACGGGGGCUUUGUUGGGAGCUUUUUUUGGCAUGGCGGCUCUGGUUACAUUAGUUACAAUGGCUGUGACACAAAUAUCUCAAACAAAAAACCUUGUAAAAGAAGUUAAUGGGUUAAUAGGAGUGUCAGCAGUAGUGUCGGCAUCUGCAGCAGUGUCGGCAGGAGGGUUUGCAGCAUUAGCUGUCGAAGCAGCUGCCGUAGUCUCGGCUGCAGCAGGGGGACUCGUGGGUGGUGCUAUUGGAUAUGAAGCAGCUAAGGAAGCAGAGACAGUGUUGGAUGCAGUGAAAAAGGUGAAGGAAGCUUUAACAGAAAGAAGAAAUGUAAUGCUGUCUUAAGAAGAUAUGCUUUGAGAAGGUCACACAAGAAAGGCUGAAAGAAAAGACGUUCAUACUGACCCACCUCACUUCUUUAGGUUAGACACAGCCACGUCAUAAACAUUACAUGUCCACAUCUCACCAGUUAUUUAGUUUAAAAUUCAUUAAUUUAUUUUCCUCAGUCUUCCACUGUUUAAAUGGAGCACACAAAUUUCCACAUUGAAAGAUUACCAUCAUGUUUUCUGUUUGUAUCAAUUAUUCUUUCUUUUUGAGUUACCCUGCUGGUGAGAGGUUCCAUCCUUGAGACCAGAGGAUCUUCAUAAUCUUGAUUCAGAAUAAGAGAAAUAUGUUUUUGUUACCACCGGGCCACACGAGGGUGCAGUGGUUAGCGCUCGUGCCUCACAGCAAGAAGGUCCUGGGUUCAAAUACCGGCCUUUCUAUGUAGAGUUCGCAUGUUCUCCCUGUGUGUGUGUGUGUGUUCUCUCUGAGUACUCCAGCUUCCUCCCACGGUCCAGAAACAUGCCAGUCAGGUUAAUUUGUCACCCUAAAUUGCCCCUAGGUAUGAAUGUGUGAGUGAAUCAUUUUAUGUCUGUACAUAUGUCAGCCCUGAGACAGACUGGCGACCUGUCCAGAGUUUACCCCGCCUUCGCCCACUGCAGCUGGGAUCGGCUCCCACGACCCCGAGAGGGGAGAAGCGGUAGAAAAUGAAUGAGUCAUAGAUUGUAAAUAUAAUGACAGAGCUUCCGUGACGUCACCCAUAGAGUUCCAUAAUCCCGUUCUGAAGACUUCAGCGAGUCCAGCAGGACGUCUCCACAUUGAAUAUUUGAAACCUGAUGUAAAUGUGAUUGGUCC